GAGACUGCGGCGCAGCAGCGACUAGUGGGAGUCCGAUGUGGGAGAGGGGCUGCGGCCACCGCCACCGCCGCCGCCACCAGGAAGGCGGAGGACGCAGGAGCCAAGAGCAAGGGACGCCGCCACGGUCAUCUUCGCCUGCCCCGCCGCCCUCUUAGAGACACUCAUUGCCUACGGAUCACCCUCUCCCAGCUUUUGCAAGCACCGGGCUGCUCGCCCGCUGAUUUUCCUCCUCCAUAGGCUCACUGCGGAGGCAACGGCGAGGUGUCCGAUUUGUGCACUUGAGGCCCGCAAUCCGGGACGGUGGGGAAUCUGCGCCUCCUGGCCGGGCAUGAAGACCCCGUUUGGAAAGGCAGCUGCAGGGCAGCGGUCCAGGACAGGCGCUGGCCACGGCAGUGUGUCUGUUACCAUGAUAAAGAGGAAGGCUGCACACAAGAAGCAUAGGAGCCGACCCACCUCCCAGCCUCGGGGGAACAUCGUGGGCUGCAGAAUUCAGCACGGAUGGAAAGAUGGAGAUGAACCUCUAACACAGUGGAAAGGAACCGUUCUGGAUCAGGUACCUGUAAAUCCCUCUCUGUAUCUUAUCAAAUAUGAUGGAUUUGACUGUGUUUAUGGAUUGGAACUUCACAGAGAUGAAAGAGUGUCAUCACUUGAAGUCCUUCCUAAUAGAGUUGCAUCAUCUAGAAUCAGUGAUACACACUUGGCAGAAAUAAUGGUUGGCAAAGCAGUGGAACAUAUUUUUGAGACAGAGGAAGGUUCCAAAAAUGAAUGGAGGGGGAUGGUCUUAGCUCAGGCACCUGUCAUGAACACAUGGUUUUAUAUUACCUAUGAGAAAGAUCCUGUAUUAUAUAUGUACCAGCUCUUAGAUGAUUAUAAAGAUGGUGACCUCCGCAUCCUUCAAGAUUCCAAUGAUUCUCCUCUGGCAGAGAGGGAGCCAGGAGAAGUCAUAGACAGCCUGGUAGGCAAACAGGUGGAAUACGCCAAAGACGAUGGCUCCAAGAGAACUGGCAUGGUCAUUCAUCAGGUAGAAGCAAAACCCUCUGUGUACUUCAUCAAAUUUGAUGAUGAUUUCCAUAUCUAUGUCUACGAUUUGGUAAAAACAUCUUAGAGGUCAUCUUGAAAUUUGCCAAAUAUAUGAGACUCUAAAUCUGUAGACACAGAAAGUCUUGAUUGCUUUCCAGUUUGUAAGAACCAUCUUCUCCCUUUUUGCACGUUUUGCUUGGCAAAAAAUUGGAACUUCUGCCCUCUCAUACGUUUUUGGAAGAAACCUUUUGCCCAUCUGUCCAACCUUUUCACUGGUUCCUCUCCGCAAUUUAACUGAUUAGUGAGAAGGGUAAAGUCUGACAUCCAUUGGCUCAUACUGUUUUUUAUCUUGGGUGGUGUUAAUAGAUUAAAGGUAGCUGAACACCUCUCACCUCACUCUUUUUGGCACUUGGACUCUACACUCAUUGAGGUGUGAAGCUUGCUGAGAUAUCCCAUGUGACUGGCUGGGUAAGUGUCUUUCCAAUCUCAAAUCUCCCCCAAGUGGCUUCAAAAAUCUAACAUGGGAAAGAGUGGGAAGCCCAUUUUGGUCUCUUGUUCAAGUUGCAUUCUCAAUUCUAACUGUACUAAAAGUAAGGCUAAUAAUUUUGCUCUCUUUCCGGUUCUUUCACCUAUUGCUCAACUGUUUUAGAAUUAAGAAGGUAAUUACUUUGCAUUUUAGUACCUAACCAUAGGCUGAGAAACCUUGCAAAACUGAUAAGAAGACAAGCAUUUGGGGACCAAACUCCAAGUGGAGAGAUCAAGAUUUCUGGUGGAGCUUAAGUGAAAGGUUUUAGUCAUCAGUGGCAUUAGGGUCUCUCUUGUCUCCAAUAGCUCUGGCUGGUAUCUGCAGACAUGGAGUAGGUUUUAACUGAUAGAAGCUGUGCAGGCAGACUUUAGCACAAAUGGUCUUUGCCGGCCCAGAGGAGCAUUAAGCCAGGCUCUAGCUAGAGCCCUCAGUCACAGGCAAAGGCUGGGUUUGGCUGGGUUUGGACAGAUCUGUCCAGAACCUCAAAAUGAAAGAGGAGAAACCUAGAAUCAAACUGAGAUACAGAUUUCUUUGCUGUGCUAAGAGAGACUCAAGUUUUAGAUUUGAUUCUUAGGAGACUGAAUUCAGAGUCCCAGCAUAUGAGGUGGGCAAGGCACUUGUGAGAACCAAGAAUGGCUGAAAGCAGGCUAUACUUCCUUGCAGGGACUGGUGGGCUCAUCUAUUAUGGUAUCCCAGCAGGACUUGGAACACAGUCAGUGGUAGGUAAUCUGUAGGCUUAAUGAUGUUUUAAGUGCUGGCAUUGGUAGAUAGAAAUCUAAUAGAUUUUUGUUAGUGUUUUGAUUUUUAACUAUCCUGUUUCUUGGCUGGCCCUAAGAAACUCAUAUGCAGAUAAGGGUGAGUUCUACUGUGGCAGAAAAGUAAACAAUGGAAGGGCCUUUGAGCUUUCCAUUAUUAAAGAGCCAUUGGUGGAGGUUAACCAAAGCCUAGGAAAGAAAAGUUGAAGUACAAGCAUGGUUUUUGAGAGAAGCACCUGGCCAAAACCAAAGCUUUCUCAUUGAGGUUCUCACAGAAGCUCCAUUAGCAGUAACAGCCUAAUAAGGCCAUGGAGUUCUGCACAUUUGGGGCUGGGACUCAAGGCAGUACAAUCAUAUUGGGACUGUACUGCAAGAUAUCUUCCAAAUUAGUUUAAGUUCACAGGUCAUGGAGUCCAGACUACCGGCACAGAUUGGCAUCCUGCUGAGGAUGAAACAAAGAAGAUGUUCUCUUUUCUCCUAUGUUUUAUCUGUCUACUUUUGCUUUUUGAUGCCACUAAGUCUCUACUAUGAUGUUUGACUGACAACAGCAAUGUGGGUCUGUAUUGCCCUAUGUUCUAAGUCCUGGGGUCAUAUAUUUGCUUAAAAAAACUGUUCUAGUGGCUGGGGACUAGUGUGCUUUCUAAUUUUUUUGAUGUGAGGUUGAUAUUGUGAUAAUCUUAUGUCUUCUUGACCCUUUGGACUCUUUAAUAUGUAUGACAUGCAAUUGUGGGGUUAGAUUAAUUCAACUCCUGAGGUCCUGAAGGAACUACACCCAGUCAAGAGGAAGACAGCCAAGGCUGCAGCUGCUGAAGGAACCCCAUAUCUGGGCAGACAUCUUUGUGAGAUCUAUGUGGCUGAAAUGAGAAAAACGAGAAAUUGGGAAAGGCAGAGUUUUGGACUUUAAUUAUUUUGGACUUUGAAUUAGAAAUUUAAUUUUGGGCAGAACUUUUUCCCUUGGAGUUUAAUAGUUGAUGGGGUGGGGGUGAGGUCAUAUAGUUCAAACUAAGGCAUUUUUAUUAUGUGUUGAUAUUGUAUUAUUUGGAGUAUUUUAAUGCUAUCUUUGGGAGUCAUUGUAUAAUUGUUGUCAGCUAUGUCAGGAAAUAUGGCUGGACAUAAUUGUAAAUUAGGGCUGCAAUUGUGAUCAAAUUUUCAGUCUAGGGUGUAAUGUAGCCUUAGAGUUAAUUUAAUUACUGUUCUAUUUUGACUUAUUUCAGAGCCUCUUGGGGGCAAAAACAACUGCUCACCAAUCUUACAUUGAUGGGAGCAGAACUUUUCUAAGAUACUGUUGGUCUCCCUGGAAGGGGACAGCCACAGCCCUGUUUGUUGACCGGAGUCUUGAGCAUUAACCAUUGUGGCUUAAGAGAAUGAAAAUGUACAAGGGUAUGAUGGGAUCUAUCCUCUUCCUCUCUCCAUGCUCCUGACUCAAGAAAAGGAAAAGACUUGCAUCUCUCAAAAAUGUUUGGAAGAAAGUUCUACCCAUCUUCUCUUACACUCAUUCAAUCUUAUGCUUGGGAGGAGGAAUAACUUGAUGAGAUUGAGAAAAUGGUUAUAAUGGAUAGGCAGCUUAGGCCACUCUUGGAUCUUGAGUUCGUUCCACACAGCAAGAUGUGGGAAAGACUGCAGUCCUUCACUACAUGGCUGGGUAAACAUCUGCUUUCUAGACCCAACUAUCUCUCCUUGGGGUGGGGGAAUCCCAAAGUCCUUAGACUUAUGAUAGAAGUUCAUUUCAACCUCAGGUCCAAGCCAUGUUCUCCAAUCCAGCUCUAUCAGCUAUAAAGCUGGUAUCUAUUUUGAUUCUUUUUUACAGUUUUAAUAUAUAAAUUGUUUUUUAGAAAAAUAACACAUGCCUAUGGUAAAAGUCAAACAGUACAAAAGGGUAUACUAUUAAAAAGUAAGUCUCUCUUCCUCCUUCUCACCCCUGGCCUCAGUUCCCUGGUCCCAUUUUCAAAAAGUAACAACUGUUACCAGUUACUGAUGUAUCAUUCCAGAGAUAUUCCAUGUAUUUACAAGCAUAUUGUGUGUGGGUAUGUGUGUAUCAGGUUUUUUUUUUUUUUUUUACACAAAUGGUGGCAUACUAUACAUGCUGUUCUGAAUUUUGCUUUUUUCACUGAACAAUAUAUUAAAGCUGAUAUCUUAAUCCCUA